CGCUGGAAGCAGAGGGAACAUUUCCCAGCAGCGACCACAGAGCAUUGCAACUCCAUGCAUCAGCAGGCAUGACAACAACACACCCACUUCACACCAUCACCCGCAACUCGGACGCCCAGCCCCGACUCAAGACCCCCGGAACACAGCCCGAGGCGCACGCGGACACCACGAGAGGCGUUUAAAGACGCAUUUUGCUGGAGCUUUACGCAUCGCGACCAGAGGAGACGGGUUCAAGUGCAUUUAGGAGAAGGACACACUCUCUUGAAAUACUAUGGCGAACUCCGGUAUUCAGCUGUUGGGCUUUUUUCUGUCGUUACUUGGCAUCGUGGGACUUAUCAUCGGGACUAUUCUGCCGCAGUGGAAGAUGUCCGCGUACAUCGGGGACAACAUCAUCACGGCCGUGGCCAUGUACCAGGGGCUGUGGAUGUCGUGCGCUUUCCAGAGCACCGGGCAGCUCCAGUGUAAGAUCUACGACUCCAUCCUGCAGCUCGACAGUUCACUCCAGGCCACCCGGGCCUUGAUGAUAGUGGGCAUCAUUGUGUCCGUGGCAGGUCUGGGCGUGGCCUGCAUGGGAAUGAAGUGCACCACCUGCGGAGGGAACGAGAAGCUGCGCAAGUCCCGCGUGGCCAUGACCGGAGGCAUCAUCCUGCUCGUGGGAGGGCUGUGUGCCGUCGUGGCGUGCUCCUGGUUCGCUCACAACGUGAUCCGGGCCUUCUAUAACCCCUACACGCCCGUCAACACCAAGUUUGAGUUCGGCGCCGCCAUCUUCAUCGCCUGGGGCGGCUCCCUCCUCGACGUCCUGGGCGGAGCCAUGUUGGCCGCUUCCUGUCCACGGAAGAAAAACGUGACCAAGUACCCGUCCAUGGCCGGUUCCCGCUCUGGUCCGCCGAGCAGCACGAAAGAAUAUGUCUGAGUGGCGCCCCCACCCCCACCCCCGCCCCCACCUCCACCUCCACCCCCCCACCGUCCGCUUGGGACUCCCAACAGCAGCUCACAAAGAAGCCGCCUCCCUUUCGCAGCAGCGGCGAAGGAGUCAAGGUGCGAAUCGUAGAGGCAAAGAAUUACCUGAGACCGGGACUUUCUUUUCUUUUUCUCCAGACCCCCGACGACCCCUCGGUUACCACGAGGCAACCUCAAUUGUUUCACGGACGAUGUCUCUCACCCCGUCCACACAUUCAACGAUUGUUUACAAGCGGUCUUCACAAAUACAUUGUAAUUGGAUCCCCCCCGACUUAAUAGACCCCCCCCCCCCGUGGGCGUAGCCUCUCGACUUGUAGCCCAGACGGCGGAUUAUACCCGAUAUUAUACGCACCGCCGUGUUAGAACCAGCGUCUAUUAAUGUUCGCCAUGUAAUUGAAAAUAAUCAAUUCCAGUUUGGUGUCGAGGCCGCGACUCGGGGGCCGCCGCGCCGUGGUUUAUAUUAACGGUUGGUGGUUCUGAAAUAGCCGGCGGGCGGGCGGGGUGUGACUUCACACGCGGGGGCCCGGUGUGUAGGGGGGGGCCGUAUCACACGGGCUUUUUUACUACGACGCUCGACGACAGGCCCGGUCCCUCUUCAUACCCGCCUGUUACAAACCCAGCCGCGAUAUGAAAUACUUCAUCACGUAGUCACCGUGGCGAUGGCGCUCUAAUAGCUUCCAUGUCGGCCACGAUGAGAUCAAACCCGCCUCUAUUUAUUUUCGACAGACCGUAUAGGGCGAGGUUUUUUUGGCUCCUGUGUAGGUUUUUUUUUAUAGUACGUAGAUCACUGUGGCUCAGUUCUAGCUUUUCAGAAAUUAUAAAGUCAUAUUUUGUAUGUGUUGUGAUGCUCUGAACAGUGUACGCGUUUUUUAAAACAUUUUAAAUGUCAUAGUUUUAUACACCUGGCUCAUGGUGAGAAGUGAAUGGAUUCUUAACACGUACGACAGUUCAUAAAUAAUAAAGAUUUUUGCAACAUU